AGCAAAUAUGGCUCCAACAGUAUUACCCAAUUAUAUGGUCGCUUGGGUACACACACUCACUGGCGCCAACUACAAUCUUUGAUUUACAUGUCUGUUUCGCAACGCUUUUUUCUGUUCGCAAAGAGUUUCAGACCACAGCUAUGUAGUCGGUCACUUAAGACAUCUAGCUCUGUUUUUGGUACUAAAAUGACUGUUAGGGAUGCCCUCAAUUCUGCUAUGCGUGAAGAACUGGAACGAGAUAAAGAUGUUAUUAUUCUAGGCGAGGAAGUUGCUGAAUAUGACGGUGCCUACAAAGUUACGAAAGGUCUUUGGAAGAUGUUUGGAGAUAGUCGUGUCAUGGAUACACCGAUAACAGAGAUGGGGUUUGCUGGAAUUGCUGUUGGAGCAGCUAUGGCUGGCCUAAAGCCUAUAUGUGAAUUCAUGACUUUUAAUUUCGCUAUGCAGGCUAUAGACCAAAUAAUCAAUUCUGCUGCAAAAUCAUCGUACAUGUCCGCUGGACUAGUGUCAGUCCCAAUUGUUUUCAGAGGGCCAAAUGGAUGCUCUGCUGGCGUCGCCGCCCAGCAUAGUCAGGAUUACGGUGCGUGGUACGCUAGUUGCCCUGGUCUUAAAGUUCUGGCUCCCUACAAUUGUGAAGAUUGUCGAGGUCUCCUGAAAUCGGCCAUACGUGAUCCGGAUCCAGUGGUUCAUUUGGAGAGCGAAUUAUUAUAUGGACAGUCAUUUGAUGUUUCAGACGAAGCAUUGUCUUCAGACUUCUUGCUUCCUAUAGGUCAAGCUAAAGUUGAAAGGGAAGGGAAAGAUGUCACUCUCGUUAGUUACAGUUUAGGUGUGGGUACUUGCCUUGCCGCUGCUGAAGAAUUAUCAAAACUAGGUAUCAGUGCCGAGGUAAUUAAUUUGCGUUCCUUGCGGCCAAUGGAUGAAGAAACAAUAUUUCAAUCCGUUAAAAAGACACAUCAUUUAGUAACCGUAGAAAAUGGUUGGCCUGUAUGUGGUAUUGGUGCUGAAAUAUGUGCUCGCGUCAUGGAAACGGAUACUUUCAACUAUUUAGAUGCUCCAGUUUUACGAGUGACUGGCGCAGAUAUUCCUAUGCCAUAUGCUCUUAAUCUGGAGCGUGCUUCUUAUCCUGAUACGCAUAAUAUUGUAACUACUGUAAAAAUGGUUAAGAAUAUUCAGUGAACAGUUAGCUUUUUAACUAAUUAACUGCCUUUCGUACCGGCAAUGCAAGCUACCUACUAGUUUAUUAUAUAAAAUGCUCUUUCACUAUUGAUGCAUCUCAGCAUACUUGUGAUUUGUAAAAUUUAUUGUGUUCCACUGUUACAACAACUACUAAUACUACUUAUUUAAAUGUCUAGCAAUUUUCCCUCGACUGUUGUUUUGCACAAAAUUAUAUCAGUUAGUCAAUAAAGUAUUUUUUAUUACUUCAUUUAAAAUUUUAAUUCAGAAAAAAAUCAAGGGCAUAUAAAAUGAGAACAAAUAAAAAUAUCUUCAG